AUGAACUUCAGCACUGAUGCCCAUUGCGGCAGUCAUACCAGCAAAGAAAAUAUUCCACCUUCAGGUAAAUCAGAAGUGCAGCAGGUCCAGCGACCCAGGCAACGGACUGUGCUCGGUGUGCUGUCAGAAAAUGAGCAGCGUGGCCGAUCCCACAGCCAGGUGGGUAAAAGGAGGGUGCACCGCCUGGAAAGUACUGUCUUGUGAAAAAAAAGAAUAAAAUUUCAAAUUCAUCUCUAAAUGACACUUAUUCUAAGUGGUUUUCCUCUACAGGGAAGCCAAUUUUCUAAACACAGCUCAGUCACAGACAGCUCCCAGCUCACCUUCUUUGGCUGCCGCUCCAGUUCCAGCUUUGACGUGUACGUUGAAGAGGCCUGUGAGGUUGUUCUUGCAGUUUCUGGUCAAGAAGUUGGCAGCUGCUCUGCGGAUGCAGAAAGUGAAGGCCUUAACAAUGAUCAUGCGGGACUACUACUGGAACUGAGCUCAAGUGAGUUUGCUAAAAAAAAAAACCCACACCAUUCUCAACGCAGAACUACUCUUCUUCUUAAACUAAUGAUUGUUGCCUCUUGCAGGUUCUUGCCAGGAUGUUUCCAUGCAGUCUGAACUUGAUAAAUCCCUGAUGUCAGGAGAGGUGCUGUGUGUCUCACAGUAUGCACAGGACAUUCACUGGCACCUGAGGGAGAAGGAAGUGCGAAAUUACCCACCAAAAAUCAUUAGUUUUGUAUUGCUAUUCAUAAGGAACAUUAAAUGCAUCAUAGUUAUGAGGAUUUGAAGGGAAAAAUCUUUCAUUCUCCUUUGCUUCCAAUGCUAGGUGCAAUUAAAGCCACAGCCAGGCUACUUAGACAAACAUCCAGAAAUCACUAAUGACAUGCGGGUCAUCCUGGUUGACUGGCUGGUGGAAGUUGUUCAAGAAUAUGACCUUCGUCCUGAGACUCUUCACCUCGCUGUCAACUAUUUAGACCGCUUUCUCUCCUGCACAGCACUCGUGAAACGGGGCAAGCUGCAACUGGUCGGCACUGCUGCAUUAAUGAUCGCCGCGUAAGCAUAUCCUUCUGUCUCUACACAUUUGAAACUUUGCAUUAACUCACUCAUUUGCCCGAAAAACUGUUUAUUUAUGAGCACAUAAAACUGUUUAUGCUUUAUCUUAUAGUAAGUAUGAGGAGAUUUCCCCUCCAGAGCUGAGUGAGUUUGUGUACACCACUGACAGCACCUAUACCCAGACGCAGUUGAUCCACAUGGAGCGUGUUUUCCUCCGAGUGCUGGCUUUCAGGAUGGCAGCGCCUACUGUAAACCAAUUCCUUCGCCUUUACAUGUCCAUCCAGCCUGUGUGCCCCAUCACAGAGAAUCUUGCCAUGGUGAACAAAACGAGCAAACCAGACUUUUAAUGUACUUCAUCUGUCUUUGAGGUGACCGCCUUCAAGUCUUUGGAUUUCAUUGUAAUUUGCUGGUGUGUUUUUUCUGCUUCUAGUAUGUAGCAGAAUUAAGCCUCCUGGAAAUCCACCCAUUCCUGCAGUACAGACAGUCAGUAGUGGCAGCUGCAGCAUACUGCCUAGCUAUCUAUACUGUAAACAGAAAUCUGUGGGUAAGUUUGUCCAGACCACCAGUCAUUUCUAAGAGAACCCCCCAAGGAUGAAGCCUAAAUGUGACUAUUAAGGUUUUUUCCCCUCAUUUUAGCCUGGUUCCUUACGUUCUUUUACUGGUUAUACCACGGCUGAAAUUGAUCCUUGCCUGUCUGAACUCUACAAGCUGUACGUCUGUGCAGAGAGUCGCCCACAACAAGCAGUCAGGGAAAAGUAUAAGAGUUCAAAGUAA